CUCAAGCGGUCCUCUGUCAUCCGGGUAUCUGCAUCGAGAGAGUGUGGGUGAGGAGGCGGGAAAUGGCGUCUGGGAGCACAUCGCAGUAUCAGCUACUAGACGGUUCAUAAAAACAGCACAGCAGAGUGGAAACAAGAAGAAAAAGAAGAAGCAGCUGCUGUCCGCACCGUGGCAGCCAGCAGUGCUUGAUCAGUCAACUCGUUUUCGAGAUACUGUGGAGUACUGUAAAUCUUACAUGUGGCUCUUAAAACAAUGAGGCUGAGAAUGCGGAAGGCAUCUCAGCAGUCGAGCCCUGCCCAUGCGCCCCGCACGACCAAGCGGAGGCAUUCAGAAGUGGAGGAGUGCACGCCGACAGGUGGCGGGAGAGGCCUGCUGUCCACCAUUAAGAAAUUAAUCAGAGGCAAUGCUGUGAAGGUAGAGCAGGAAAACACAGCGAAGAAGACACGGCUCACCUGCGAUGUCGACGACAACCUGAUCUCUUCCACACCACAAGGUGGCGAUGCCCCCAGAAGGACCAUCUCCAGGGUCAGCAGGAGAAACUCUGUCAACGGGGAAGCGACAAACCAUGACACGAACCAUGAUACGAGUAGUAAGCCUGUGAAGCCCAAUGGGAAGCUGGAGGAGGCGGCAGAGACUUUGACCAGUCCGCCUAGAACCACGCUCCUGGGAACCAUCUUCUCUCCAGUCUUCAACUUCUUCUCACCAGCAAAUAAAAAUGCCACGUCAGGUUCGGACUCCCCAGACCAGGCGUUGGAGGCUGAGGAGAUCGUCAAGCAGCUGGACAUGGAGACUGUGGAGGAGACCCCCACCUGCACUGCCACCUCCACAGAGGAAGUGUGUACGACUAUGCCCCUUUACCCCAGUGACAUGCUGCCACCACUGCGGGCUCCACAUCCUCCAGAAGUGCCUGUCGAGGAAGAGGAGGUCGUCACAGACAUGCCUGCUCUCACAGCCCCAGGCGCCCCUCCAGAAGGAGGCUAUGUGGUGGCACAGCCCACAGCCCCUGCAGAGGGGACAUACGAGGAGGACUGGGAGGUCUUUGACCCGUAUUUCUUCAUCAAGCAUGUACCUCCACUGACAGAGGAACAGCUGACCAGGAAGCCUGCUCUCCCACUAAAGACCCGCAGUACACCAGAGUUCUCCCUGGUCCUCGACCUGGAUGAGACAUUGGUGCACUGUAGCUUGAAUGAGCUGGACGAUGCAGCACUAACCUUCCCGGUCCUGUUUCAAGAUGUCAUUUACCAGGUGUAUGUGCGUUUAAGGCCGUUCUUCAGAGAGUUCCUGGAGCGCAUGUCUCAAAUCUAUGAGAUCAUUCUCUUCACUGCCUCUAAGAAGGUUUAUGCAGACAAGUUGCUCAACAUCUUGGAUGCCAAGAAACAGUUGGUUAGACACAGGUUAUUUCGUGAGCAUUGUGUCUGUGUACAAGGGAACUACAUCAAGGACCUGAACAUCCUUGGAAGAGACCUGUCCAAGACCGUCAUUAUUGACAAUUCACCUCAAGCCUUUGCAUAUCAGCUUUCCAAUGGGAUUCCCAUUGAGAGCUGGUUCAUGGACAAAAAUGACAACGAACUCCUGAAGCUUGUCCCAUUCUUGGAGAAGCUUGUUGAGCUGAAUGAGGAUGUGAGGCCACAUGUUCGAGAACGGUUUCGUCUGCACGAGCUUCUUCCCCCAGACUGAUCCCUGGAAUAGAUGGACAGAAGAAAUAACGAAUGAUUGAAUAAACCAACACAGACAUGUAAAAAGCCCUCUUUUGGAUUAUAACAUUGCCAUUACUGUUGAAGGUUUCACUUUUUCUCUCUUUUUACCCCACAUAGUUUUUUUGCAUCGAUAACAACAAAGUGCAAAGUCUCUUUUUUUCCCUUUUUUUUUUGAAGCAACAUCUGGUUAAAAAAUAAUUUAUAAAGCCACAUGUUUAGAUCACAUUACUGUGGGCAAGAUCAAGAAGGCUCCUCCUUUUGACUGGCUUUUUUUCAGGAGCAGUUUCUUUCUCCUGGCUUCCUAUCGGAGGGGCCAAGGUGCUGUCUGUCUGGUUGGACUGAAUUGUUAGCUGACAGAGAAGAGGAUUAUUCUUGCUCCCUUUGGUGCUUUCAUGGGACUGUUGACAGUGACACUCAUUGGCUUUAGACCAAUUUUUAACAGGAAUGGCCAGUAAAGUGUGUAUGGGUACAUAGCCCAUCUUUUUCUUUCCAUCUUGGGAUUUUAUAAACAUUUUACCUGUAGCCUAUAGGAUCUCAUUAUGCAUUCCUCUAGCUGAAUUUAUUUUUGUUGUUGUAGACACUCAUUGUAACCGCAAUGUGUUCUUUUACCACAUUUCACAAUGUUGUAUUGUUUGCUUUUUUUCUGGCUCUGUUUUAUGUAGAUGUUCUCCAAGGCUGUUGAUUGGAAAAUAAUAUUGAUGAUGAUAUGUUAGGAUAUCCCCAUGCUAUGUCAAAUCAAAUUGAACGAAUUCAGAACUUCCUGUAUAAUGUGUACUUCUGUUUAAACAAUAGUUGGCUUUGUUUGAAUUAAUAGGUCACUUUGCCAAAAAUCUAUCAAUUAGUGUAACUUUCAAGAAAUUUACAUCAAUGGACAGUUCAUUGUUUGUGACCAAAUGUCCCCACUUCUCAGUGUGUUACUGAGAUUUAUUUUAUAGUAACAUUUUUAUUUGUCAUAUAUUUUAAUGUAUUUUUACAUUGAAAUAUACAUUUUUACAUAACCAAGGUUUUGUUUUUAUGGAUAUGUCUAGUAUUGAAUUAUAACUAAUGUAGAUUGUCUCUGUCAACAUCUCACCCCUGUCUGUUACUGGGGACAUAUGGAUGGUCCUGAAACAGCCCGAUGUGUAGCACCACCAGCAUAUAAACAGCCUCAUCACUGUGGUAUAAACCCAACCUGCCUCUAGUAGUUUUUUUGUUUUAGGAAUUGGUUUUAUUAUAUGGCUUUAAAGCCCUUUAAAUGCAGUAGAAAGAAGCAUCAUUAUUGGAGGACCUUUUUGUUAUGAAUGUCUGACUGUCUCUACCCAGGAGCGUUGUAUAAAAAUAUACCAUGAUGCAUUGUCAGAAAUUGUACCUAAUUACUUAUGUUAUUUCAUGUGGACUAACCAGAUCCCAGAUCAUAGACACUUUAUUGAUGACCGAUAGCGUAAGAGAAAAUUACACCCAAAAUGUUUACCUUUCCAUGUCCAUUUGGCCCUUUUGUUGAUAUUAUGGACUUUUACAUUAGCUGGUCAUGUAUAUGGUGCCAUACAAAUCUCCUUCCUAACAUGAUCAAACGUCGCCACCCAUGUCUUAUUUUAAUCUCAUUGGAAGUGUUUUAAGUCGGAGACAAUCAAGCCUCUAAGAUCAAAACACUCAAACCGGAAAGGAAAUUCUGGUCCGUUUGUUAGUUGCGCUGUUUCUUUUGUUCUAAAUUGAAUUGUGUCCUGCGAACAAAGUUGUUAGGCGUCUCCAACUGCCCUAUCCCAGCUAAUCAUGCACGUCAUCUUGCCAAACAUCUGAAAGACUGAGGGUAAAAACUCAGAAUACCAGUCCUUUUAGCCUGCUCUCUCAUUGCCUUUCUGGAAAUCAUCGCCCUAUAAAACUGAACUGACUUAGUGUAACUCGUCUAUUACAGGGCACAUUGUUUUUUGGCGACGUUCAAUGUUGCCAGACUAUGAAUGUAAUUAUUUUCCCAUCCUUGAUCCCAAAAUGUGGGGGGAAAAUGAACAAAUCAAAAGUCCAUGAUCCAAAGGAUCUAUCAACUUCUUAGAUUUUCUCUGCUUUGAAGGGUGCACAAAGAGUAACAUUUUUUUCACCGUUUUAAAAAUAUAUAUAAAUAAUGAACACCCUAUUCUAUAGCAUUUUCAAAUAUGCAAUCCUAUCCAUACCCACUUUAGCGGUUGGUUGAGAGUUGGCCCUAGGAGGAUGAACCUGCUCCUUAAAGGGGGCCUGGCGCUUUUCUAUCAAGGGAGAGCUUACUUUGUAAUUGUUAAAGGAUGGGCUAUUUGACAUGUACAUCCAGUUCAUUUUUAUGUGAAUUAUACCUGUUCUAUUGUACAAUACAUGCAGCUUUGCAUUAAAAGAAAAUCCUUAAAGGAAAAUCUUAUUUUUUAUUUCAAAAGGCAUGUCAUCUACUUUUCAAAUGUAUUCAUUAAGAUUUAACUUUACAUCAGAUGGUGUUUUUCUUACAAAGAUCUGUAUGUUUAGUUAGGACAGUGUCACUGAACUGUUAACCUAGCAUGUAUGUAGAGAAUCUUGUUUUGUGGGAAAGUCCUGAAUUAAAUUUUGAUCUUGGCACUUUUUCUGCAGAAAAGAGCAACUGUGUUAAUUAACUUUUUCAAUUUCCAAUAAGGUGUAUUUAAAAUGUAUUUUUAAAUGCUUAAAAUGACAUCUUUGUUAGCCAUGUUGUAAAAUGUACAUACCAAAUUGCGUUGAACAAAGUUUUAAAGUUAAACCAUCCAGCAUGCUGUUUUUCUUUCCUAUUAAACAUGGUAGUUUAUUUUCA